CUUCAAUUCUCCCCCACUCAAAAAAUGGCCGGUAUGGAUUGGGCUGCCCGUCUUCCACCCUGGAUAUCUCGAUGGAUCGGCUACCGUGCAACGCCUCCACCCAAACUACCACCCUGGGGCGCCUGGUUCUGGGCGUGGAUCGGGUCCUUCUGUGGUCUAUGCGUGCUCCAAGCUGUCUUCGGUCAAGCUUCGUACUUUAUCGACAGGGAGAUACCACCCAUCGUAGCUGGUUUCGGUGCAUCCGCAGUCUUACUCUGGGGAAUCGUCGAAUCUCCACUUUCCCAACCUCGCGCUUUAUUCGUCGGUCACUUCAUCAGCGCCCUAACAGGCGUCAUCAUCACCAAACUCUUCCGACUUCUCCCUACCUAUGAACGUUAUUUGGAGUUGCAAUGGCUCGCUGGCUCACUUUCAUGUUCGACUGCUAUUGUUUUGAUGAUGAUCACCAAUACUAUGCAUCCACCCGCAGGUGCAACUGCACUCUUAGCUGCCGUCAACGAAGAAGUAAGAGACAUGGGAUGGUACUACCUCCCAGUCUCUUUAUUAUCCUGCGCCCUCUUACUAGCCGUCGCCCUCCUCACCAACAACAUUCAACGCCAGUAUCCAACCUUUUGGUUCUACCAAUCACCUCCUCCGCCUAUACUUCCUGUCUCGACAAAAGAAGUCAGCAAUGUAAAUGUAACUGUAACUCCAACAGAUUCUUUCGUGUCUAGUAAUCGAUAGGGGGGGGGGGCCCGCAACGUUAUUCAUGACUUAUAGAUAUACGGGGUUGUUUCAUAAUGUGUAACAGUAAUUUAUGUAAUUGUAAUUUCAUUUUUCCGGGGCUGCAAGACAGCAGAAUACCUUUUGAAUAUGCC